CAGUCACACGUGGUUUGAAUAUUAUAAAUCGAUGUAAACACUAUAACUUCUAUUCUAAAAAAAGAAAUAGUAAACUGUUUGUUAAAUACAUUAUAAAUGCAUUUUUUUAAAUGAAAAGGAAAAGCUUACUAGAUAAUUUGGUAAAUAUUUUAAGAAGUAUUAAUGAAAUGAUUAAUGAAAAACAUUGUCAAGGUAUUACUGGUUUAGCUGCUUCAAAGCAACAGAAUGAAAUGGAUACUCGUAAGCAGAAAAGAAAACGAGCAGAACAAGACAAUUCGCUUAUAAAAAAGAUGAAAAAAGAUGUUUAUAAAAUUCAAGAUUGUUUCAAUGAAACAGAAUAUUAUUUUGAAAAUGGUUUAAGAAAAGUUUAUCCAUAUCAUUUUUCUUAUAAUACAUAUUGCAAAGGAAGAUGGCUUGGACAACCAUUGUUAGAAGUCAUGGUAAAUGAAUUUGGUGCUUACACACGAGAGCUUUAUGUAAUGGAAACUAUAUAUUUUUAUUAUUGCAGGCAUGAAACUCCUGUAUUAGCUGCUUCAUUAAAGAUUAUUUACAAAUCAGAUGAUCUUAUUGUUGUUGAUAAACCACCAUCUAUUCCUGUACAUCCAUGUGGAAAUUACAGACAUAAUUCUGUAACAUUUAUUCUUGGUAAAGAACAUAAUCUUCAGAAUCUCCAUACAAUUCAUAGAAUAGAUCGUUUAACUUCUGGAUUGCUGAUGUUUGGAUUAAAUCCAGAAAUAGCUAAAAAAUUUAUGAAUCAAAUAAAAGAGAGGCAAGUGAAGAAAGAAUAUCUUUGUCGAGUAGAAGGAAAUUUUUCAGACAGUAGCAUAAAAUGGAUGCAUACGAGGUCUGUUCAAAAAAUACACGGACUGUUUGAAUUGCGCAGCUGCAGUUGGUUUCAAGGGAAUCAGCUUGGUGUUGCUAGAAUGAAUGACCUAAUGGAGCAACGACUUGCUGUGAAAUUUUGUGUUAAACUUGGAAAAUCUGCAACUGAAACAUUUGCUAUGCUCAACACGGCUUAUGGUGCUGUUGCUAUGAGGCGUAAACCAUUGACUGGUAGAACUCACCAAAUUAGGGUUCAUCUUCAAUAUUUAGGUAAACCAUUGACUGGUAGAACUCACCAAAUUAGGGUUCAUCUUCAAUAUUUAGGUUAUCCAAUUGUAAAUGAUCCACUUUAUAAUACUGAAUUAUUUGGACCAUGUAAAGGAAAAGCAGGUGAAUUUGGAAAAUCCAAGGAAGAGGUAAAUUUUUUUAGAAUAUCAGUUGUCAUUUUUAAAUAUUUUAUAAAAGUUCUUAGGCUAGUUUCACAACUAUCUGGUGCUGGAUAUCCAAUGCCUGGUAAACCAUUGACUGGUAGAACUCACCAAAUUAGGGUUCAUCUUCAAUAUUUAGGUUAUCCAAUUGUAAAUGAUCCACUUUAUAAUACUGAAUUAUUUGGACCAUGUAAAGGAAAAGCAGGUGAAUUUGGAAAAUCCAAGGAAGAGUUGGUAAAACUUAUCACAGAGAAACAUACAACAGAAAAAUGGCUGUUAGAAGAAUCAGAUUAUACUAGUGAUGAAAUUAAUUCCUUUAAUAAGUUUNGAACUGUUAAAAAAGAAGUAGAAUCCAAUAAUUUGGUAGCUGAUGAUGAUAAUAUAAAAAAUGAAUUAUUAAAAACGGAUGUAUCAAUUUCUAAACCAUUAGAGACUUGUCCAGUAUCUUCACCAUUGUUACAUUAUAUAAAUUCAGAAGAAUUUUUAAAAUUAGCUGAAAAAUAUCAGUUUGAUCCAAGUAAAAUGACUAAAGAUUCAUUGUGUGUAUCCUGUAAGCAAAAAUAUAGAGAUCCAAAACCACAUGAAUUAUUGAUAUUUUUACAUGCCCACAGAUAUAUGGGAGAAGGUUGGGACUUUCAAACGGAAAUACCAAAUUGGGCAAAGGAAGAAUGGACAGAGAAUUAAUUGAAUCUUACAAUUAUAAACUGUAAUUUUAAUUUUUCUAUAAAUAAUACAAAUAAAAUUUUGUAUAUAGAUCAUUUUAUAAUUUACAGGUUGUCUAAA